AACUAUUGAUCUGUUUGCAUCUACCAAUGUAUUGUCUGUCACAGUAUCCCGAUGACCUGUCCCAGAGCUUCCUAUACAGUUCUCACUGUAUAGCGGGGGUGUCCAGUACGCCAGUGAUAUAACCUAUAGGCUUACCACUGCCAGACUCGCGAACAUAAACAUAUUAUGCAAACAGUGUCAGGAUGCUGUUAACAUUAGGCAUGAGAGUUGGAUGAACUAGCAGCACACUUCACGAUCAAAUUACACAAUUAUCUCGAUGAGGACGGAUACACGUCUGGUGGGAUACUGAACGGAGCUCGCAAACUACACCAUUUGUUUUAUAUAUAUAUAUAUAUAUAUAUAUAAGAAGACAAAUUGUAUAAGGAUGGAAGACGAUACUACUUGGCUGUAUUAUUUUUUUUUUUUUAAAGAGCAUCUUCAAAGUUUGUCUUUAUAAACACAUACAAAACUAGUUAUAGUCUAAAAGUCUCUCUAGAUACAUGCCAAGGGCACGUUGACGUGUAUUGUCACGAACCCUAUUAAAUGUUGACCUGCACAAGGAAAGCGGACUUGGCGACGCAUUGCCAUUUAGCUCUGAGAACACCGAGUUGGUUUUGAGUGACGUUUCUUCUCUUUUCCUCCGGUGCGAUCGGUCUGCGAGCUACACCGUUUUCUAAUUGAUCCGUCAUAAAUGUCAUUCCUGAACAUAAGAAAGCGGCGACAGCCGCUUACUCCUGUAUCGUAUUAUUUCGUUUCAUUAAUUUCGAAGCCAGAGGAUCGAUAAACAAGAUCAAUUUUUUUGAGAGUUGAGAGAAAUCAAUAGGCGACAUAUCAACCGCCACGCCGAGACCUAUUCCCUCAUUGAAAUGAACGCAGUGAAAUAACGACUCUAACCGACUCGGUCAGAUCAGGUGAAUCAUUUUCAAAGACAAGGACUAUCAUUGGUCUCACACCAACCGACAAUAAUGUCAACAGAAAUACAAGCAAGUGGCCGUACAUGUCAAACAACGUUUGGAUUGUCAGGAAUUCGCAGCUCUCAUCCUGUUGAACGCCAUCAGUAGCUGCCACCUUCAGUGCGGUCCUCUUAAGCCACUUCCACUGACCCCUGAACCCUCGUUGCCAUGGAGAACAUGAGUGAGCUCCAGAACCCGCUCCUGGACAAGAACAGCAAGCACGUCGUCAACGGUUACGGCGGCGACUUCCCUAACAACCAGUACCAGGAGAACAUCAUCAACUACUUAACCGGUGGCGACAGCGGAGAAGGAGGAGGUAACACUAACAACGGUACGGUGGCCCAUGUGGGACACAACAACCCCAACGGCAAGACGAAAGCUCAACAACUCCUGGACGCCACCUCACUCCAUCUGGCCGUCGAGGCCUUCUACAGGCCUAACUUCAUCCUGUACAAGGAGGAAGGGGGAGGAGGAGGCGGAGUCAAGGCCAAGGAUUAUAAGAACGAGUGUUGCGAGACUACCUUCACAGAGAAGAAAGAGAAGGCGAGGGAGGCGUCUGUAGCAGUGGAGACCCCCGGAAGCACAGAGGACCCUCAGGCCAAGCUGCUGGAAGAAGGAGACAACGUGAAGAUACAGACUGUCUCCUACGAGGUGGAGGAGGAGGAGUAUGUGGAUUACGAGACGGACUGCUCCAGCGACAGCGAGAGUGAAGAUAACUUCAUAGUGAUCCCACCCAGAGACCAUCUGGGCCUGGCCAUCUUCUCCAUGCUCUGCUGCUUCUGGCCCCUGGGCAUCGCUGCUUUCUACUUCUCCCAGGGGACCAGCAAGGCGGUGGCGAAGGGGGACUUCCCGCUGGCGAGCAUCGCAUCCCGAAGGGCUUUGUUCCUGGCGGCCCUCUCCAUCACCAUUGGGACAGGCGUCUACGUGGGGGUGGUGGUGGCCCUCAUCGCCUACCUCUCCAAGCCAGGUCACAUAUAGCAGCGCCGGGGGGAACCGGUAAUGGACACUGCUACUGCCAGGGAAAGGUGAAGGGGGCAUCAUUAUUUUUUCUUCCACCAUCCCUCUCUCUGUCCAGCCUUCUCUCAGACUACCAGGUGAACAACAGGAGAGAAGUGAGGAACCACCCCUUCUCAGUGGACACUGCUAAUACCAGGGAAUGGUUUGAACUGCCCUCCUCCCGUAACAUAACAGCACUGCUGACAUGGAAUCCGUUCCUCUCUCUUUCCCCCUCAUCCCUUCAUCUCUCUAUCCUCCUCCCUUCAGCCUCCCUACAGGCAGCAAAGAUUAGAUGAAGGAACAAAGAGGAGCUAGGCAUGAAGGGGAGAUGAGGAGGAGGAGGAGGAGAAGAGCAGGGGAAACUAGGACAGAGAGAACACAGACACUGUUUUCUCUGGGAAAAGUUAUCUGAAGUGAGGUAAAGAGGAACACAGUUUGAGUUGUGCUGUCAUGUUCUGUUCCCCCUCCCCCCUGUAGGGUGUUUAAACUUAGCUUUGUUACUUCAACAUUCUAUAGACCAUUACAGAAAACGAGAUGGGUGGGUGAGGGAUCAGACAGCAAAAAAAACACGGUUUGCAAUUACGGAGACUUUAGCAGACGGAGGAACUUCAAGGGACCGCAGUGUCUGGAGGUCUCACUGAGAGGACUAUAAAAACGUCCUUGAAUUCUCUAUCUGUAUGCCAUCUGAACCAGGAUUGAACAUUUUGACUAUCUGGAUCCCCUGCUACUAACUGACUGUCUCUGUUAAUUUACCAUCAAAUGCUUCUUCAAUGGGCCUGGUUCUAAGGCCUACUGCUGGGUGGUUCUCUGUCAACAUGGAGAGAGAGAGAGAGACAGAGACAGACAGAGAGAGAGAGACAGAGACAGACAGAGAGAGACAGACAGAGAGAGAGAGAGACAGAGACAGACAGAGAGAGGGAGACAUAGUGAUGGUGGUGUCAUAUAACAGACCCCUAAUGCUUUCUGCAUUUCAGAACUGUAACGUUUCUGUCUGGCCAAUGGCGUGUUUUCAUCUUCAAUAAGGAGACUAUUGUCAACAAACUCAGAAGUGUUUAAUUGCAGUUUGUCUUUUCAUUGAAGAAAAAAGGAUAAUGACAACAAGGAAAAAGCAGCAUCCAAACAUUGACAGAUCUCAUCAAAGACGGAUUUGUUUUGUGUAUUCCUUAGCUGAACCAGCUGCGAUGGCAUGAAUUAAAUGAUAUGAAUUCAAGUGGAACAAAAAGCGAACUUCCUUGCUCUCUGCAGGUGAACUGGGGGGGUUACUAGGGAGAGAUACCUAUUGUGCAUAGUUCUGAAGUUAACUUUUCCUCCUUAAAGCUACAUCAAUAUCAGUACGCCAGUUCAAUGAGGACAGGAUAAAUCAUCCUCUAGUACUAAUGUCUACUAAUCUAUCAUCUGCAUCAUAAACUCAACUCUCUGGUCUCUGGGACCAGUGUAAACUCAACUCUCUGGUCUCUGGGACCAGUGUAAACUCAACUCUCUGGUCUCUGGGACCAGUGUAAACUCAACUCUCUGGUCUCUGGGACCAGUGUAAACUCAACUCUCUGGUCUCUGGGACCAGUGUAAACUCAACUCUCUGGUCUCUGGGACCAGUGUAAACUCAACUCUCUGGUCUCUGGGACCAGUGUAAACUCAACUCUCUGGUCUCUGGGACCAGUGUAAACUCAACUCUCUGGUCUCUGGGACCAGUGUAAACUCAACUCUCUGGUCUCUGGGACCAGUGUAAACUCAACUCUCUGGUCUCUGGGACCAGUGUAAACUCAACUCUCUGGUCUCUGGGACCAGUGUAAACUCAACUCUCUGGUCUCUGGGACCAGUGUAAACUCAACUCUCUGGUCUCUGGGACCAGUGUAAACUCAACUCUCUGGUCUCUGAGUUCUAACUCAGUGGUUGUGAUACAGUAAAGUACAGGUAUUCAAUAAAUGCCUUUCCAGGACCCAGGCAGAGUGCGAACAGUGAAGCAUUGAAUCUCAACACUGUAAAAAAAAAUACAGCCUCCUCCCUCCCAUAUGCCAUAGGAGAUAUUAAAAAGGGAAAAAAAACUAUUUCAGCAUCACUAAUAAAGACUGAACCGUGUGGAUUUGGCUCCUGAGGGAAAAAGGCUGGGAAGUGUUUUGCUAUAAUGGCUCCCAUUAGAUCUCAGCAGCAGUAGCCAGAAGGCUAUACGCUCGGAAAGUGGAGACAUCAUAUAACGUUCAAAAGUCAACAUUGUGGAGACAGCUUGACGUUUCGGAGACACCGUCGCGCUUGCUAGCAUUGGAGAUUUGAGCUGGCUAAUUAACGGUAAAUACUGUAAGUGAAUCGUUUCCCCCUCUCAGUCAAACUAAAAUUGUUUACCGUUAGUUAGCAAUCACUAUUUUGCUAGCUACGGUAGUGCUCCAGUGUCAACAAUAACAUUGUUGUCUCCAGUUGUAUUUACAUGUCUACAUUGUGACCCGCAGACAUGCGAAUCCACUUCUGUCUGCAGUCGGCAGAUAGGUUGUCUGAAAAGGUCUUUUCCAACUGCUAUGGACAUUGUCUCGCCAACAGGCUAAUUACGUCUGACCAUUAUCAAUAGACACACAGAGGGACUUCUUCUUCAUUAGACUAGACACUGAGGCCAUGCACACACACACACACAUCCUCUGGUAACAGCCCACCAUGUUUUAAUUGAUUUCCUGGAAACUUUUGUUGUUCUGAGCCGUUAACACUCGCCUCAUUCACUACCUAAAUGAACUGAACUCACUAUUUUACACCUAGUUGCUCCUACAAUUACAUGACCUUUGACCUUUCAACCUCCCCCACCCCUUUUACAGUGCGUUCCCAUGGCAACUGUUUGGCCCCAACUGUUGCAGUGCCAUUGAUUUUUACUGCAGUGUGGCUAAAAUCAGGGUCACACAGAGUGUUUCUUGGUUUGUCUUUAAACAAAUCUACUUUGAAACUAAAGUAAAACACCUCACACACAUGGUCAUGGUCUUAAAAAAAGAUGACGCCUGAACCAUGUCAGAUAUAUAGAGUUGAAAUGUAUUACAUUUUGAGUUUGCAUCUCAAUAAUACACUUCAUACAAUACACAUCCCAGAAGACUGAAAUUUUGCAAAACUGUUCGAUGUGGAAAAAACGUAUUUUCGUCGAGGUUUCUUUAAAUAACGUUAAUUAUUUACUAAUUUAUGAUAAAUAUUCAUAACAUUCCAUCCAUGAGGCCACUAGGUCAUUUGACUGCAGGAAAGGGAUCUAUGAUAGAUCUGUCUCUGGUCUGUGGAAUCUAUGAUAGAUCUGUCUGUGGAAUCUAUGAAGGGAUCUAUGAUAGAUCUGUCUCUGGUCUGUGGAAUCUAUGAAGGGAUCUAUGAUAGAUCUGUCUCUGGUCUGUGGAAUCUAUGAAGGGAUCUAUGAUAGAUCUGUCUCUGGUCUGUGGAAUCUAUGAAGGGAUCUAUGAUAGAUCUGUCUCUGGUCUGUGGAAUCUAUGAUAGAUCUGUCUGUGGAAUCUAUGAAGGGAUCUAUGAUAGAUCUGUCUCUGGUCUGUGGAAUCUAUGAAGGGAUCUAUGAUAGAUCUGUCUCUGGUCUGUGGAAUCUAUGAAGGGAUCUAUGAUAGAUCUGUCUCUGGUCUGUGGAAUCUAUGAAGGGAUCUAUGAUAGAUCUGUCUCUGGUCUGUGGAAUCCGUUAAGAUCACAUUAUAAAAGAUGAUGUUAUGAUGCCCAACACCGUCAUUUGCAGGGGAUACUUGGCGCUGCCUCUGACCGGGUGGAUGGGAAAUUGGAGGACGACUUCCUGCAAUGAGAUCGAGGUCAGGUCAUUUGACCUCACUCAUCCAGCCACUCGGGUCAUGUGACAGUGUUGAUGCCCAUUCUGUGUUCUACUACUGAGAGAUGGUAUAGGUAGUUUUGUUUGUUUUUUUACAGUGUCCAUAUUAGGACAUUCAACUCCACAUGAGACUGAAGAUGUCCUAAUAUGGACACCAUAUUAUUGUUUGUUUAUUUUAUUUUUUUGAGGAAAACUCUUCACUGCUGAUACAUCUGAUGAUAAAUGAUUUGUGUUUUGUAUGACGUGUUUUAUGUGGCUCUUUAGUGAACCAGGUAUUGUCCAAUUAUGUCAAAUACGGUUUACCAUUAAUGUUGAUGCUGUUGUUUCUCCCCCACUCUAAACCUUAUUGGCUGAUGAUCUCCAUCGAUGUAACAACGCUUAAACUGAUUAGGCUGAACAUUUCCGUGUACGUAACUAAGAGGUUUUAACAGGAUGUUUCUGAGCAUUCUUCAAUACCAGGGUGGUCAUGUUAUCUCUUGAGUAUUGUGAUAUUAAAAAUAAAAAAUAAAUAAUAAAAAAAGAUUUAAAAAUGACAUGCAUUUUAUGUUGGAUUUACAUUAAGGUUGGGAUGCCCCACCUACUGUGCGUCUUGUGAGAUGACAACAUGUAAAUAUUCCGGGAUGUCAUUUCAAAUAAAAACAAAAAAGGAGAUGAUUUUCUUUUCUUAAAACUU